GAGCAGUGACUAAUCACUGUCUCUACACCGACCUACCCGGGUUCAAACUGCCUGCCUGCUGAGGUCAGGGGUCGGUGUUAAACCAAACAGUUCCGGAGACGGAUGGCGGCUAAAUUCCCUGCCGUACGGAGGAUGGGCGCCUUCACUUUUAUCGAUAUUGGUAUAAAUCUGACAGAUCCUAUGUUUCAUGGGAUUUAUCGUGGUACUCAAAAGCAUCAAGAUGACUUUCUAGAUGUGGUGCAGAGGGCAGUAAAAACUGGAGUUCAGAAGUUCAUGAUUACAGGAGGCAGUUUGCAAGAUAGUACAGAUGCAGUGGAGCUGGCAAAGACAAGUGAUAUUUUCUACAGUACAGUUGGCUGUCACCCCACACGGUGUGGUGAAUUUGAGCAGAAUAACCCAGAGCAGUAUUUGAGUGACCUGAAAACAUUGGCCACAGAAAACAAACGGAAAGUAGUGGCCAUUGGCGAGUGUGGCUUGGAUUUUGACAGAUUGGAAUUCUGUCCAAAAGAGAUACAGUUAAAAUACUUUGAAAAGCAAUUUGACUUGGCAGAAGCAACUAAAUUACCCAUGUUUCUACACUGCAGAAAUUCAUCUGCAGAAUUUUUAGAUAUAGCAAAGAGAAAUAUGGAUAGAUGUGUUGGAGGCGUGGUGCAUUCUUUUGAUGGCACAAAAGAAGAAGCUGCUGCUUUUCUAGAAAUGGGCCUCUAUAUUGGAAUAAAUGGCUGUUCUUUAAAAACAGAAUCCAAUCUUGAAGCUAUGAAAUCCAUCCCAAGCGAAAGACUGAUGAUAGAAACUGAUGCACCGUGGUGUGGAGUAAAGAACACUCAUGCAGGCGCUAAAUAUGUGAAAACAACUUUUCCAACAAAGAAGAAGUGGGAAGAAGGAUAUUGCCUUAAGGAUAGGAAUGAACCAUGCCAUAUUAUUCAAAUAUUGGAGAUAAUGGCUGCUGUACGAGAAGAAGAUAUGCGUGAACUGAGCAACACCAUGUACAACAAUACUGUGAAAGUUUUCUUUCCUAACAGCUGAUUGCCAAGUAUAUUAUUCCAGUCUAUUUGCUCUCAGCGUGACACAACUGGCAGCUCUUAGAGAUACUUGGGUACUUUUCCCUGGUUUAUUCUGAUCAAGAUGGAUGUUGAACUCUAUGCACCACAGAAUUAGUUGAAUUUUACCCUUGAUAUUCAGACACUUCCUGAUAAAUUUCCUGACCUUAGUAGAAAUUAUUUAAACAUGUAGUUUGAAUAUAAGGGAAAUAGCUUCCUUGGCAACCCCACAAGUCCAGAACCUCAAGAUAUUUAGUGAAGUAUCUUAAAAUGAUUUUUAAAAAUACCUCAUGUUAACACUUUACAAUGUUGUAUUUCAAAAUCAAUCUUAAUUGCUUACAACUUUGUUUUAAUACAUCUCUAAUAAGCAGAUCAGAGUGGUUUAAAUAUCCAGUCAUAUAUGAAGAAUCAAAAGGUCAAUGAUAAUUUACAUUGGGCCAGUCUGGUUCCGAGCAGGAUGUAUUACAGUGACUGAAGCAAAGAUGCAACAGUAUAAUGUUGGUGUACAAUUUUACUGUAUCUAAUCAUUUGUAACAUAUACUAUAUAUUAUCAACUCGAUUUAUUCAAGUGCUUAUGUUGAGGAGACCAUUAAAACAGCAUGUUCGUCUGUAUAUGCACAAUUAUGUUCUGUGCCAAUUCAGGUAAAAAUUAAAAUGGCUGAGCUAAGGAACAGUGUAGUUACCAUGAUGUAGACAAUCAAUGUUAAUGACCCAGGACUGUGGUAAAAUUACUUAUGAAGUUGCCAAGAAAUGGCAAAUCAUUGGGUUAGUAUCAUCAUUUAUUUUAAAAUGA